GGUGUAGUGCUCAGUGCUCCCUCGUCCUGCUGAGAACUAGGCAGAGCUGCUGCAGCUGAGAGUCUUGGUUACUGAGAAGAAACCUGCGCCCUUUGCCUUGGGAAAGAGCUGUCAUGGGGACUGGAAUGAGCAAGGUUGUUGAGGGCCUGUACCUGGGGAACAUCCGGGAUUCUGAGGACAGAGAAAAUUUGACAAAGAACAGGGUCACCCACAUCCUGUCUGUGCAUAACAACGCCAGACCUGUGCUGGAGGAUAUGACCUACCUCUGUAUAUCUGUGUCAGAUUCGUCCAGUCAAAACCUGAUCCAGCAUUUUAAGGAGAGCAUCAGGUUCAUUCAUGAAUGCCGGCUCCAUGGGGGAGGCUGCCUCAUUCAUUGCCUGGCUGGAGUUUCCCGCAGCACCACCAUCCUGGUGGCUUACCUUAUGACUGUGACCGACCUCAGCUGGGAGGAGUGUCUGGCUGCCACCAGGGGCGUCCGUUCCUAUGUCAGUCCCAACUUCGGCUUCCAGCAGCAGCUGCAGGAGUACGAGAGGACUCUGCUCAAGGAGUACCGAGCCUGGGUUCGACAAGAGUAUGGCAAGAACCCAUUUAACGACCAAGAAGAGCUGCAGCGCUUAAUCACUGAGCAGGAAGAGAAACAGAGAGAACAGCAGCUUGGAAGCAGGGAGAAUCACUGGAUCAACUCCCCGACACCCAGUUACCCGCUUCCCUACAAUGCCUAUGGUACCAGCAGCAACAGAUGGAUGAACAGAUGAAAAAGGACAGCUAAUUCCACAGAAUUGCUAUCGCUGUUGGAUGAAAGUCUCUGCAUUCAUCUUUCAAUGAGAAUAGCUUUGAUGUUUAUGGCUAGGGUGGAGAGCAAACUGAAUGCCAACUUCCAAAACAUGCUAUGUCAAGCAAUGUUAUCUAGUGGUUAGAGCUGAGGAUUGCAAUCAGGACUCCUGGGUUCUCCCAACUUUGCUACUGACUCAUAAUGUGAAUCCAGGCAAAUCACUUGAUCUCCCCAUGCGUCAGUGUAACCAUCUCUCAGGGGUGUCAAGUGGUUUCACUUAUUAACGUUUGAGGGUGCUUUGAGAUGCUCCGAUGAAAGAUCCUAUGGAAGCGAAUUUAUUAAUGUUACUGAGUUGGGCUGAACCUUUUCCUGUGAAACUUUUAGCACUAUUGCACACAUGAAGGGUGAGUGUUCUGCUUGGCCGAUGGAUCACUUUAGGAUCCUAGCUUGUUUUGUGGUAGGGCUGCACUGGAAAUGACAGGCAUGCUGUCAGUUCCACGUAGAGCCAAAUUCAUUGCUGGGGUAACCAGGCAUCAAUCCACUGAAGUCAAGAGUUGCAGCUAUUUACUCCAUCAGUAGGUUUGGCCCGCAACUUGCUUUCAGGGUGUUUAGAAAACAACCAACCAUCAUGUUUCAGUAAGAGGACGUGUGAUAGCUUUUGAAAUUCCUUCCUAGGAGCUCUUUCCGCCUGCUGGGACUUCAUCUCCUUGGUCUCUGGUCUUCCUAUUAUUACUGGUGUGAUAAAUCCCAUCAUCUCUUCAGUUGUUGGACACUGAGGGCCAGUACAGAGCCAGGAUCUCUCAAAACGCACACAGUUACUGCUCAGUGCCACUCUCCAUUUUACUCCCCACACAGCACAGCAGAUAAUACAGACUUCACUCACUGUCUUAAUCAUCGUCAGUUCAGAUUGACCUUACGCUACAGAUGUGCCUAUCAGAGCCUGGAUGGGGCAUCUGCCCAUCUCAGAAGAAGGAAGCUUGGACUGCAGAGAGCCAGUUAGGGGUUGGGGGAAGGACAUUUGGGGAAGGACAUCCACAGCUCUCAGAGGUCCAUAUCCUGCAAUGACAGAACAGUUGCAAUCGCAUUGCUGUCACUUUCUUCAGCAAGCAGACCCAUGCCUCUCAAAAGCAUGCCACAGAGUCACAGAAACCAGAGAUGGAAAAGCCCAUUAGCCCACCUUUUCCACUCACGCACAUUCCCUAAUACUUGGUGAAGCUCUGUUUUAAAUGACUCAGGCAAAGGGCUUCCACCACUUGCUUGGGGCUGGAUUGCACAAUCCCUUGGCUUCAAUAGGCCUGCUCGUGUAAGUAAAUGCUCACCAGCAUGUGUAAGGGUUGCAUAACCCAUUGCCUUGGGGAGGAGCCUACUGAUGGACCUUGCAGUCAGGAAACUUUUCCUUUUGUCCAGAUUACAUUUUCUUGUGACCUGUUUCCUCCUAUUCCUCCUCACUGGACCACCCCAAAGAAUUUCUUUGUUUCCUGGGUGUCUUCACCCUUCAAAUCCAUGGCUCAGAACCCCGUGGAAAAUUCAUGGUCUUGGGCUCCUCACCUGUGUCCGAUACGUGAACUGAGCAAAAUUCUUUCUGAGCUGUGCUCUCUUUUAGAACUGUAAUUCUGAAGAUUUGAUCACAAAGGCCAACAUCAAAUCCAGUCUACAACGAAGGCUCCACACACAUUCUCAACUGGGGUAACUCCGUGUAGUUUCAUUAGCUUCUUUCCCCACAAUGUUUGUGUUGCUGUUGUUGAAUGUUUUGACUCCAGUUGCACAACAGUGACAAUGUGCAAAGUAACAGCUCGGGGUGUCUGUGCCAUGGUUAAUAUGGAGUACAGGAAGAGGUCAAGGUGUUAUCAUUUGCCCGUCGUGUCUGACAUUUAAAUAAGAUUGGAAAGCAGACAGUUCACCCAAACAAGAAAUUGUUGAGCCCCAGAAGGAUAAAGCGACAUUUCUAGGGGCAGAGUAAGAGAAGCUUGCAGUGUCGCAGGCUGUGCAGCUUUGGUGUGUGGAGGAACAGAGUGUGUAGAUGGCAGAAGUUGUCAGCCCAGCAACUCAAAAUUCACAGAUUUUUUUUUUUUUUUAACACACAGUUCAGGCCAGGUUCUCAUGUACACCAAGACCCCUUUGCACAGCACUGGGAAUGCAAAGGGGCUUUAAAAUGAAUGGAAAUGUAGUAAAGUGGGGGAGAUUGGAGUUGGUUCUCACUCCUUUUACAUUGCCAAGGUGGUGUGAAGUGGUGAUUAGUGUAAAUGAGAACCAGGCCCUACGCUAUUAAAAACUUUUAAAAAUCCAGGCAAGAACAAUGAUUGUAUUCAGACUUAGAGGACCUGAUCCUCCAGUCCAUAAUUCAGAAAGAUACUUAAGGAGGUGAACUUCUUGUCAACUGCUGCAAAUGGACCAUUUUGAUUACCACUACAAAAAGGUUUUUCUUUCCUGCUGGUAAUA